AUGUCCGACUUCACCACGUUAUUGAGCGGGCUCUGGUUUCAGGGUGUGACGCCGCACCAAUACCGGCGGGAGAUGCGGCGCAACUUGUGCGCACACGCGACCGGAGAUCUCAUUAAGCAAUUGGAAGCGCUGGGGAUCGAAAUUCCCCCGCAGGACGCAGGCCGGGUAACAGAGGGGGGGGCAGUGGUGCGGGAGAGGAACGCUGGUAUGGAAGAUGUGAGGCAAGCACCGGUCACUCAAGCCGGGGAUGACGCACGGGUAACGGCGAUGAUGAGGGAAAUGGCGACUAUGAAGAACGAUGUGAUCGCGCUUGCUGCAAAACCCGCUGCUGUCGGGAGGGACCAUACCUCACUGGAUGUUCACCCGCGGGAAUCGCUGCUCGGGGUGACGGUGCCGGCUGGAGCUGAUGCGUGGGGAGAUACGAGCGGCCACGAGACGGUGAAGGCAGAAGAAGAAGAGGAUCUCGUGUCAGACACGGAGGACGAAGAGGAUGGUGACGACACGUGUGCAACGAAGUACACAGGAGUCAAGUUGGAGAAAGCAUCAGGCAAGUUCGGCGUGAAGAUCCUGAUCAAGGAAGGAGGAAAGCGUAAGCAACAGCGGCUGGGUGCAUACACAUCGGAGGAGGAGGCGGCGUUUGCGUACGCCGCAGAUGACGGCACUGGUGCAGAGAGUGCUUCAUCGUCCGAGCGCAAUGAAGAGGAUGGCGAGGCAGACUCAGACACAUCGGCCUCAGCCUCACCCGAAGAAUCCGGCGAACCUGCCACUGGAGGGAAGACGGCCGACGAUGGGUGUGCGGGAACCGCUUCACCCAAAGCAGACGGGCGCGAAAGUCGGGGCGCGGGGGAGACGGAUGUGUUUCGGGGCGAAGGCCGAGGACAUGUGGACGGGCAUGUGGACCGCGCAUGCGGGACCCCAGUGGACACCGACCGCGAUGACGUGCGCAUCUCGAGCAGGGUUCUCGAGCAACUCAUCCGGGCUCAGGACAGGAGCGCCAAGGAGAACGCGCGGUUGGAGGCGCUGUUCUUGAAUGCAAUGGCGCAGCCUUCUGGUGGAUCUCGUAAGCGUAAGGCUCGGAAGCAGAGAGACCCGGAGCAGAGGUGCAUGAACCCGAAGCGUAAGCGUGGCGAGACAUGGAGCGGCGGGUCGGACGAUGACGGAGAGGACGACGAGGAAGAUACGCAUGGUUCUGGUGGUCGUCAUAUGCGUACUGCAAAGUCUCCUAUUCUGCAACGCGCGUUGGCGCAUCUGCCGACAGACAAGGCGUGGAAGCGGGUUUGCGAGCUGGCCAGAGUUCACAUGUUUCUCAACAGGCCCACGUCGUCGAUGACCUUCUACCCGAGCAGCGACGAUAAGACUCACGGAGUGUGCGCGGUGCUGGACCGCCUGCCUCACAGCUUCGCCUGUUUGGCGUUGGCGGCUGACAAGUCGCGACGGGCGGAUCUCAACAAGACGCUGUCGGAGUGGAAGACAAGGGCUGCCGCUCGCGUGCGAGACAUUGCACUUCCCAAGCUCGGCCUGUUCCGGGACGACAGGGACGCAUCCAGCCCGUGGGCACCUGAAAAGGAGCGUAGUAUCGAGAAGAUAAGGGAGCGCAUUGGGCUUGGCGCUGACCCCCCUGGUGAGUGCAUGAGACGCGCGUUGGAGUCGUCGACCGUUUCUAGUCAUGCACCAAUGCGAGAAUUGUGGACAUUGAUACCCACGCUUCGGAUGUGGUGUGCAGAAACUCUAGUGCUGACGAGCUGGGCGCACGACAGGGAUGGCAUGCCGUUUGCCUCCCGGGCGUUCGCGACAUGUGCGAAGGCUGCCUUCAAGCCGAAGAAGGCAGGGCUGGUGAUGACCCUUAAGGUGUACCACCUAGCCUGGUUGGAGCAUGUGGUCUCCGACUGCGUCCUCUACUGGGAGGCGCGGAAAGGCCGGCUCUCCAACUCGGCGGGCGGGAACGCCCACGUUGUGGAUGGGCUCAAGGUCCUGGUCAAGGAGUCCGUGGAGAGGGCGAUCCGUAUCCGCAACCCCGAGUAUGAUGCGGAGCGCGAGGCGUGGAUUUGGGGGCGCCAUGGCCUGCGCAUCUCUGCGUGCGGCCUGGAGCACAUGAAGCCCGCGGCCGCCGCCCAGUCCGAAGGCAUCGUAGGGGAUGACGACCUUUCGGCGUCACUUGGUGCUGAGUAG